AAUACUAAGCUAAAGCUCCGAGACCGUCUGACUUGGGGAAGGGAGGGUGGGAAGGGGGGUGGGGGGGAGGAAGAAAGGAUAGCGGUAGACUGCGAGGUUUGCCGAGACAAUAAGGUGGGAGCGAUCUGUCCUGACAGAAAGGUCGUCUGCUUUAUCUUCUCGGACUCUAAUUACUGAAUUACUUACCGCAUGACUGAUUAGCCCAAGCUCACGGGUUUUUCGUUGUUAUUAUUUUUUUUUCCCGAGACAGCAACUCGAAAUUCUGAUGCGUGCCUGUGCUUUUUUUUGUAUUCCUGUUUUUAAAAAGAGCUGAUCUAAGGCUGGAAGGGGGAGGGAGGAACGGACGGGGACAGACACCCCUCUCCCCGAAAUCUUACCCCUGGGAAAAUUUACUUCGUUUGAGAGCACGCAGUCCUUCCUCCCCUCCCACAAAAUGUUUUGAUAACCGGUUUAUCAGAUCAGUGAUUCCCCCCUCCCGCUCCUCCUCCUCUUCCUCGCCCCCCCUCCCCCUCCCCCACGUCCCCCGCCCGUUUCCCCUCAAGUUACUUCAAGAAAUCAGAUCUGUCAGGACGGGCGAAAAAAAUGCCACUUCCCAACUAACAGGCGGAAUCCAGCCCAGAUUUUCAGUCCUUUCUUCUUCUUUUUUUCCUUCCUCCCUUUCACUAAUUUAUCCCGAUGUUAGCACAUUCUGUCUUGUAACACCCGGGCGCCUGUAGGUUUGUUUCAUGGGAUCAUUACUUACUGAUCAGGAUGGCUCCCGGGUCCGGGGCUGAAGACGGAGUGUGAAGUUGGGGAAACAUUUUUUUUUUUUUUUUUAAAUUACUGUGAUGAUUAUUACCUCUCGGUGCUUAUUCAGGAAAAGCAAACAAACAAAAAUCUGGUCCUUGAUGCUUCACUUCUGAAUGUGAAAUACUACCUACCAGCUGGUAAAGUUGUGAGGCACAGCAUUUUUUUUCUUUUUUCUUUCCUUUUUUUUUUUUUUAAACAAGGAGGAAAAAAACCUAAACAAACAAACAAAAUCAAAAAAGGACUUCUGAUCCGUGUGCCAAACUAGGGGGAGAUAUGUUAUUGACCGAUUUAUACUGGCUGAGAUGAUACUUGCUUUCUACUUCUUGAUCACUUGCUCUUUAAGUAAAAUGAGGCACAGAGUUGUUGCUGAGACGAGUGGGAACAGCAUUUUGAUUUGCUGGUUUAAUUAAAAAAUUAUGAAGGAUUAAAGGACAAGGUGGACGUGGACUGCACGUUGUGAGCCUAGACACACCUGAGGGAGGAAGACAAGAGUUGAACUUAAGAGAGAGCCCAACGGAGAUAAACGAAUGUCCCCACAUCUCCAAAGGAAAGUUCAUCAGAUUUUUACUCUAGAGAUCUCAUAUUCAGGAUGUCAUUGAACAGUUCCACUGCAGGAAAAGGUGUGGAUCCAAACGCAGUUGACACUUAUGACAGUGGCGAUGAUUGGGAAAUCGGUGUUGGGAAUUUAAUAAUCGAUUUGGAUGCCGAUUUGGAGAAGGACAGACAGAAAUUUGAGAUGAAUAAUUCUACUAAUACCACCAGCAGCAGCAACACCAGCUCCAAGGAUUGUGGGGGUCUGGCUUCCAGUGGGGCUAAUGCUACCUCAGCCUUAGCUGAUGGCCUAAAAUUUGCUUCUGUUCAGCCCUCUGCUCCCCAGGGGAAUUCCUCUCACAAAGAGACUAGCAAAUCAAAAGUGAAAAGGAGUAAAACUUCUAAGGAUGCUAAUAAAUCUCUGCCUUCUGCUGCCUUGUAUGGGAUUCCUGAGAUCAGCAGUGCUGGCAAGAGGCAGGAAGUCCAAGGGCGCCCUGGAGAGGCAACUGGCAUGAAUUCAGCACUGGGUCAAAGCGUGAGCAGUAACCCAAACGGCAAUAAUAACACCACCAGCAACACCACCACCAUUGCCUCUUGUGGGAAAAACAAAGAGGAGAAACCAGGUAAAGCCCUGGGGAGCAGAGGCUCCAAGCGGGAUAAAGAUGCAGGAAAAUCCAGGAAGGACAAGCAGCAUGACCUACAGCAGGGCCACCCCAAUGGCAGUGGGGGUGGCAGCAGCCAAGUUUCCUCUGGGCACCUCUAUGGCUUUGGGGCCAAGGGAGGCAGUGGUGGAAGCAGCAGCCCCUUUCACUGCACCUCCUCUGCUGUGGGGGAGGUGAGCAAAAGUACCCCGGAUUCAGGGUUAAUGGGGAACUCUAUUUUGGUAAAGAAGGAAGAGGAGGAGGAGGAGAGCCACAGGCGAAUCAAGAAAUUGAAAACAGAAAAGGUUGAUCCCCUGUUUACAGUGCCUGCACCUCCACCUCCGAUUUCCAGCAGUAUCACACCUCAGAUUCUGCCUUCCUACUUUUCCCCAUCUUCAUCCAAUAUUGCAGCACCAGUCGAGCAGCUUUUGGUACGGACUCGUUCAGUGGGUGUAAAUACUUGCGAGGUUGGAGUAGUAACAGAACCUGAAUGCCUUGGACCCUGUGAGCCUGGGACCAGCGUGAACUUGGAAGGAAUUGUGUGGCAUGAAACUGAAGAAGGUGUCCUAGUGGUAAAUGUUACAUGGAGGAACAAGACUUACGUGGGAACACUGCUGGACUGCACAAAGCAUGACUGGGCCCCUCCUAGGUUUUGUGAAUCACCAACAAGUGACCUGGAAAUGCGUGGAGGACGGGGCAGGGGAAAGCGGGCAAGGUCCGCUGCAGCUGCCACUGUACCUGGUAAUGAUGCAAGUUUUGCAGAGUCCAGAGGGCUUCAGAAUAAGAAUCGAGGUGGUGCCAAUGGGAAGGGGAGGAGGGGCAGCCUUAACUCCAGUGGGCGCAGAACACCCCCCAACUGCGCCAUGGAUGAAGUAAAAGCCAGCCCAUCAUCCACGAACAAGAGGAAAACUAAGCCUCCUAUGGAGCUAGAUUUAAACUCCAGUUCAGAGGACAAUAAAUCCGGAAAACGUGUUCGUACUAACUCUAGAAGCACUCCCACCACCCCACAGGGGAAACCGGAGACUAAUUUUUUGGACCAAGGCUGCUCUUCUCCAGUGCUGAUUGACUGUCCUCACCCCAACUGCAACAAAAAGUACAAGCACAUUAAUGGAUUACGUUAUCAUCAGGCUCAUGCACAUUUGGACCCCGAAAACAAGCUGGAGUUUGAACCUGACAGUGAAGACAAAAUUUCAGACUGUGAGGAAGCACUGAGUAAUGUGGCACUUGAAUGCAGUGAGCAAAGCACAAAUUUGCCAGGCUUUGAUCCACUAAAAGCACCAACAUCUCCUUCCUCCGUUGCUACCCCAGGGACUCCCAAGGGAAAGAGGGAACUGACCAGCAAUGGCCCUGGUUCAGUUAUCAGUUCCAAAACUGGAAAGAAUUCUGGCAAAAAGAAGGGUCUGAACAGUGAACUGAACAGCCUUCCAGUAAUUUCUAAUAUGGCAGCCACACUGGAUAAUUGCUCAGUAGCAGAUGGCAAUUUGCAAACUGAAAUGCCGAAAUUGGAGGCUGAAGGCUUAAUUGACAAGAAGAGUUUGGGUGAUAAAGGCAAGAAAUCGAACAAUUGCAAAGUGGAUAAAAACCUUUCCAAACUGAAAACAGCCAGGCCCAUUGCCCCAGCGCCAGCACCAACUCCUCCCCAAUUAAUAGCUAUACCUACUACAGCCUUUACAACCACCACUACAGGGACAAUACCGGGAUUGCCCUCUCUAACAACUACUAUUGUUCAGGCUACACCAAAGAGCCCUCCACUGAAACCUAUUCAACCAAAGCCCACAAUUAUGGGAGAGCCAAGCACUGUAAACCCAGCUCUCACAUCACUCAAAGACAAAAAGAAAAAGGAGAAGAGAAAGCUGAAGGACAAAGAAAGCAAGGAGACGGGCAGCCCCAAGAUGGAUUCUAAGCUGGGAAAGCUGGAGGAUUCAAAAGGGUCUGGGAAAGACUUAUCUGGACAUUUUUUAAAGGACCAUCUCAACAAGAAUGAAGUGCUAGCUAAUGGACUGUCAGAGUCUCAAGAGAGCAGGAUGGCAAGUAUUAAGGCUGAAGCUGAUAAAGUUUACACGUUCACAGACAAUGCGCCCAGCCCUUCCAUAGGGAGUGCCUCCAGGAUGGAAUGCAGCACUUUGGUGAAUGGACAAUCUGCUAUGGCGCCACUGCAUGUGUUGACACAAAAUGGUGCAGAUAGCACAGCUGCCAAAACCAACAGCCCUGCUUACUCAGAUAUUUCUGAUGCAGCUGAUGAUGGUGGCUCUGACAGCAGGUCAGAGGGCAUGAGGUCAAAGGCCAGCUCUCCAUCAGAUAUUAUUUCUAAUAAAGAUGGUGUUGUAAAAGGACAUUCUUCAACCACAGCACAAUCGGCUCAAGCAAAAGAGUCUCAUUCUCCCUAUUACCAUGGCUAUGAUCCUUAUUAUUCCCCAAGUUACUUGCACUCUGGACAGGUCAGUGCCCCAGCAGCUGGGAACAGCAGUACCCCACAGACACUGAAGAUCAAAAAAGAGGCUGAGGAAGAGGCUGAAAAGAAAGAGAAGGCAGAAGCAUCAGAUGCCAAGAAAAGUGAAAGCACUUCCUCUAAUUUGCAGCCGCCACAGCAUCAGUCGGUAAUAACGCAAAGGCACCCUGCACUUGCUCAGUCACUUUAUUAUGGACAGUAUGCCUAUGGGCUCUAUAUGGACCAAAAGUCCUUAAUGGCCUCUAACCCUGCUUACAGGCAGCAGUAUGAAAAAUACUACGAGGACCAGAGGCUAGCAGAACAGAAAAUGGCACAAACUGGGAGGGACUGUGAAAGGAAGAAUGACCCCCCCUUGAAGGAGAUUGGGAAGGAUGACAACAAGCAGAAGAAUAUUCCAUCUGCCACUAUUUCAAAGGCCCCUUCAACUCCGGAGUCCAGCAAAAAUAACACUAAAAUAGGGUCAUCAGUUCCUAACAAAGGUGAGGAGACAACCAAGUCACAGAUCCUUUCCAAUCACCAGCAGCAGCUUCAGUCGGAGAGUUUCAAAGCAAAACAAAUGGAAAACCACCAGCUUAUAAAGGAGGCAGUGGAGAUGAAAUCUGUUAUGGACUCCAUGAAGCAAACAGGAGUAGAUCCGACCACAAGAUUUAAACAGGAUCCAGAUUCACGAACAUGGCAUCAUUAUGUCUAUCAGCCCAAAUACCUUGAUCAGCAAAAAUCAGAAGAACUUGAUCGUGAGAAAAAGUUAAAAGAAGACAGCCCUAGAAAAACACCGAACAAGGAAAGUUCCCUGCCUAACCUUCCUGUCUCAUUAGCAAGCAUUAAAGAGGAGCCUAAAGAGGUCAAGCGUUCUGAUUCUCAAUCAGUGGAUGAGAGCAAGAUGAAAAAUGAUGAUCAAAAGACUCCUGUAAAUUGGAAGGACUCUCGGGGUGCUAGGGUAGCAGUUUCCUCACCAAUGAGUCAGCAUCAGUCAUAUAUCCAGUACUUGCAUGCUUAUCCGUAUCCACAGAUGUACGAUCCCAACCAUCCAGCCUAUCGUGCAGUCUCUCCUGUCCUAAUGCACAGCUAUCCUGGAGCCUAUCUCUCUCCAGGAUUUCAUUAUCCAGUUUAUGGGAAGAUGUCAGGGAGAGAAGAGACAGAGAAGGUCAAUACCAGCCCAAGCAUCAAUGCAAAAGCAACCACUGAGUCCAAAGCACUGGAUUUGCUCCAGCAGCAUGCCAGCCAGUAUCGCAGCAAGUCACCUGUUCCUGUGGAAAAAUCAGCAGCUGAGCGUGAACGGGAAGCAGAAAGGGAACGAGACCGCCAUUCUCCUUUUAGCCAGCGGCAUCUCCAUACACACCAUCAUACACAUGUUGGAAUGGGUUACCCCCUCAUACCUGGACAAUAUGACCCAUUUCAAGGAUUGACCUCUGCUGCCCUUGUUGCCACUCAGCAGGUGGCUGCACAGGCAUCUGCAUCUGGUAUGUUUCCUGCACAAAGAAGAGAAUGAUGAAUUUGGGGAUGAACAUUGUCAUGUGACUGGAUCACAUGAGGAAGCGCUUUAUUACAGACAUCAGUUCCAUGGUGUUAAUUUGAAAUGCCUUAAUGGCAGGCAAAAACCAGUCAUUUCAUUUUUGUAAAUUGCAGAUUUUAUCACAGAGUAACAAAUGUUGCUGUAAUUAGACUUCUGUUUUUAUAUAUAUAUAUAUGCGUAUAUAUAUAUAUACAUAUAUAUAUAAAAAUAUAUAUAUAUUCUUUACUUUUUUUGUAUCAGUACCAAGGCUCGCACACAGGGUCUGCUGCUAAGUUGCGAACCACACAGUAAAUGGAGAUAUGUAUUUGUCACGUUUAGAAAGCGUUAACCGCAAAAGGCUGUUGUUUCUUUUCUUCCUUUUCUUUUUCUUUUUUUUCUUUUUUUCUUUCCAAUUGUAAAUAAAUAAUGUUAUGUAUCAGUGUGCCUGAACCUUGCAUACCCUUCUGAUAUUUCCCACAAGCUCUCAGAGAGGCUAACUGUGAUGACACUUUGGUACAAUGUAGAUGUCUAUUUGGUGGUUCCUAUUAAGAUGCAUCAGUGUAAAAUGUUACUGUAUUCACUGUUUCAUUGUAAUUGUGUAUUGUGAAAAAUAUACCUUUGGAAGGCAUGGGGAUUCUAGUACCACAAAAACUGUGUUGUAUAUAAUGUAUAGAUUUUAAAUGGAGAUAAUGAGCAUCUGUGAAUAAUGAAAUGUCUUUUUUGAUAAUCUUGAAUGGCAGAUAACCUAAUAGCCUGCAUACAAGAAGACAUCUGUGAUUGUUCUAUUACUUGAAUAGUCCUGCAGUCUUUUUUUUAAUGUUUACAAUUACCCAGAUUUAGAGGAGAGACUUUAAUGCCAUUACCUGUUUACUUGUUUUAUGCUGUAAUCUAGUUUAUUUUAUGUAAAACGUAUAUCGAAUGCUUUCAUUUUUUUACUUGCCUUAAAUAAUUCGGCAAUCAGAAUAAAGAAAAAAAGUUGCUUUUUUUUUUUUAAAUUUCUGGGUGUCUAUGGGCCACUUUGAAAGAUGUGUCAUAGCUGUAGAUAUCAGAGGCUGCAGCAACGACACAGCUACAAGUUGUGCUCCUGCUGGGCCUGUGCUGUUGUCCUGUCCCAGCAGGCGAUGCAGAGCCCAGGCCAGAUGGCUGUGGGCCUCUUUCAGUUGACCCUGAUAGGUUCAAAAAAGGCCCAUAGUAACACUUGGGUGGUAUUAGUGGAACUGAAAUCUCUAAUACCUGUUUUAGAGCAGCUCUGUAUGCUAUAAAUUAUAGGCAAAUUUUUCCUAUUAUGUCUGUAUUGUCCCCCUUCCCCCCAUUUUGAAUAGAUGCCUAAAAGCAGAGGAGCUGUCAAUUAAAAAAAAAAAAAAUUCCUUUGCUGUGCUUAAUCUGCAUUACCACAAAAUAUUUAUAUUGUUUUGUUACAAUGUGGUUAACACAGCACAUAGUAAUAUGAAAUCACUAAUCAUGACAUGAAAAAAAAACAGAUUUACUGGUCAGUAUUUGAGGCUUUAAUUUUGGUCCUUUUCUGCAUAUCCCAGUUAUGUUGAUUGUCAAAACUGUUUUUUAAAGUUUUACUGGUUUUUUUUGUUUUGUGUUUGUUGGUGGUUUUUUUGACAGGGUGAAUUACUGCAGCUUAAAGGUUGUUCUUGAAGUCAGUUCCGUUUCUUCUACCUUGUGAAUACUUAAUACAGAAGGAUGAAUUAAAGAUUCCCAACAGACAAGCACACUUGGACUUUUUAUAUUACUAUGAUGAAUCUGCCAUUAAUAUUGCUAUAAUUGUUUUAUUUUUAUAGGCAUAAAAUCAGUUCCCUUAGUGAAUAGUUAUAAGGUUUAUUGAUUUUUACUACACAUCAUUCAUCUGUGGCUUACUAUUAUUGUCUUGUUCUGAACACAUUCAGAAGUCUCAUAGUGGUGACAUACUACAAGUUAGCCUCAUAAAAAAUGGGAAGGAAGGGGUGUUUUCUUUGAAAAAGGGGAUAUUGUGAAUGCAGGGCUCUUGAAAUAAUAAAUGCCUUAUUACUUCUAUAGUAAA